AUGUCAUCAUCAUCUUCAGUCCGCUCUUCUGAAACUUUGAUUAAUAGCCAUAAAAGAAAGUCAUUGCACACUAUCGAAUCAUGUGUCACGAGAUUAUUGGUAUCGACCAAACACUUGUUGGAGAGCUUAACACAAUGGGCUAAACAAGAAGCCGAUGACAAGUUUGUGUCGGAUGCAUAUGUCAAAUUGGGAAAUGACUUCAGAGCAGCAACAAAGGCAUUUACAAAUAGUGGGAUCGAUACAUCUGAUCUUGGAAAUGUGCCACAAGCGUUGAGGACCAUUUUGGAAGCGGCAUUGAGCGAAGCCCCAUCACAGGAGAAUCUUGAUCGGUUUUUACCCAAUAUUAGAAAUAUUAUUGUCACACUAUUACAGAACCUAAAAGCGAAGCAGGCUCGUGCCAAGAUUAUAUCACAAGAACGUGCUAGAGAAGAACUGAGAAGUAGAAGUCAAGAGAGCAAUGACGAGCCAUCAAGUCAAAGCAUAGGGGCUAGUCGUCCUGAGCCGAUGUCAUCUACGGUGAAUGCUGCAGUUAAACUGGUGGAACAACCACGAGCUUCUGUUAAUAAUGGCACAGUGCACCGGGAGUCAUAUUUAACAUCAAGUAAGCCUCAGACUGACGCAUUGCUCCAACUUCAAAACGGUGAUGCAAUGCAACGUCGUGCCAGUAAAAGAUUUAGCGCAUACCAAUAUGCUAAACUCACCCAUCAACCUAACAACAAUAAUGGAGGCUAUGAUGCAUCACCAGCCCUUCCUACAAGCAUACCUAAAUCCCCCAAUAUAUCAGCAAAUAAUUCAAUGUCAAAGGAUGAGCUGGUGAACGAACCAGAAAUUUACGUAUUUUUGAAGAUAGGCAAAAAGACAAGAAGAUCCAGCCUUGCUGCACCAAUAACGCUAGCUUCUAUACGGUUAGUAUUUGUUGAAAGAUUUGCCUACUCACCAGGUUCAGGUAAUUUUCCCGAUAUUUACAUUCAGGAUGCACAGACGAAAGUUUUUUACGAGUUGGAGGAACAAUCUAUUGGUGAUGUCAAAAAUGGGUCAUUGUUGUGUUUGAAUGAGGAGGAUUCGGAAAGUAAAUCAAUCAAUGAUUUGAGCUCGAAAAUUGAAACUCUUUUUGAGAGAAUUGAAGCCAUGAAUAAUGACAUCGUCAAGAAUGUCCAAACUUCUAUUUCGUCAAUUGAGGUCCCAGCAGCAGCAGCAGCAGCAGCAGCAGCAGCACCAUCAAGCUCAACAUCCAGCAGAGCCACCACCUCAUUGGAUGUACUUGAUCGAAAGGAGAUGACGAGAGUUGAAAAUGAGCUUCGUGUGAUUAAGCAGAUGAACAAGUCUUCGACAGAAGCAUUUAAACAAGUGCUCGCAAACAUCUCCAGUCAAUUGAAGAAGUUUCAAGAUUCCAAUGUGGAAGUCUCACAGGAUUCAAACAGAAUAUAUAUGGAAUCGUGUCAUUCCAAGUUAUCUGACGACUCUGAUGCAUUGUUAACCAAAGUUGACGAUUUACAAGACUUGAUGGAGGAAAUGAGAAAAGAUGUUGCUCAAAGAGGAGUUCGAGUUGGUGAGAAACAAUUGAAACAUAUAACAAAAGAAAUUGCCAAUGCAAAGAAAUCACUUGACGAGAUGACAAACUUUAUUGGUAAUGAAAAGUCAAUUUGGAAGAAAAUUUGGGAAUCCGAGUUGGAUAAAGUUUGCGAAGAACAACAAUUUUUCAAAUUACAAGACGAUUUAACCAAUGAUUUACAAGAGGAUUUACAAAAGAUUCAUGAAACUUAUGAACUAAUUGAACAAUGCUCAAUUGAGCAGAGCAAAGGUGCAUCAUCUAAGCGUAAUAAAGUUAUGGCCAAUUUGCAUAUUCCUGAACCUGGUGAAAAUUUGCAAGAUAUCCAAGGACAACUUUUAGUUGAUAUUGCUCAACUAAACCCAGAUCAUGAAAGCAGGUUAGAAGCUAUUGAGCGAGCAGAGAAGCUUAGAGAACGUGAGAGACAAUUGUCCCAGUUAAACAAGUUUCAAGAAGAAUUGGGUGAUUUUGUUGACGAUAAUAGGUUAAAGAAAUCAGGAGGGAUUGAAGAAAUUGAAAAUUUACGAAAGCAACGUGAUGAAGAAAACUUGAAGAAUUCAUUUGGAAUUAUAUAA